AUGCUGCUGCUGCAGCUGCUGCUGCAGCAGCAACUCAAGGCUCAGAAAGACUGGGGACUCGUUCGCGGCGGGCUGCAGCAGCAGCCAGCAGCAGCAGCAGCAAGCAGCAGCAGCAGAACCAGCGGCGGCAGGACCAGCCAGGGCUGGGGGGAUAGGAGCCAGCAGCAGCAGCACCGGCAGCAGCAGCGGCAGGAGCAGCAGCAGCAGCAGCAGCAGCGGCAGCAGGAGCAGCAGCAGGAGAGGGAGAGGCGCAGCAGCAGCAGCAGAUUCUGGCAGGGAGUUUCCUCUGUUGAUGCUACAGAUAUUCAGGGAGACACUUUAUUGCUGCUGCAGUGGGACUUAGAGAAGGAGCUUAGCAGCAGUAAAAGCAACGGCGAUAGCAGCAACAGCAGCAGCAGCAGCAGCAAUUGCAUUCUAAUGUAUUCUUUUCCCCUCAGUGUCCUCAGUGCCCUCGCAGACCCCUUCGCCCGCCCCCCUCAGCAGAAGCAGAGAGAAGCAGAUCUUGCGGCAUCACCAUAUGGCAGCAGCAGCAGCAGCAGCAGCGAGACUUGGAGGCUGCUGGUGAGCGGGCGCAGCGAUUUGCUGCUGCUGCUAAAUGAUGCUGUGUGUCUGCGGCUGCAGCUUGGCGCAUCUGGCGUCUUUCUAAGGCGCCGCUUUUUGCUGCAGCAGCCUGUGUUACUUCCCGCUGCUGCUGCUUCCAGCAGCAGCAGCAGCAGCAGCAGCAGCAGCAGGCAGCUGCCGCUGCAGCGGUUUGUCGAUGUGUGCUGCUGCUCCUUUUACCUGUACGCCCUAACGGCGCCGCCGCUGCAGCAAGUCCUCAUUUGGAGUGUUUCUGCAGGAGUGGCAGUGCAUGCAAUUGAGCUGCCUCUCUACGACCCCCAGCAGCAGCAGCAGCAGCAGCAGCAGCAGCUGCAGCUGCAGCAGAAAAAGCAGCAACGGCUAUCUCAGCAAAAUAGCGGUGAACGCCUGACCGGCGAGGGGAAAAACUCCGUCGGCAGCAAGCAGUGCUGCUGCUGCCAUUGCUGCUGCUGCUGCUGCGUCGCAGCAGCAGCAGAAGAGCUGCCGGUGGUGCUGCUGUCUGUGCGCGUAAGCCAAGACUCUCUUUAUCUGGUCGUUGGAGACAGCAGAAACUGUCUUCGUGUUGUUGCUUUGAGGGUUUACUUUGCUGCAGCAGCAGCUGCAGCAGCAGCAGCAGCUAGCUGGGGCAACGCAUCAGCAAACACCAUGGGAGGCGCUCCCUGCGGCGAGAGGGAGAGAGCAGCAGAAGGGCUCCCUCUAAGGAAGCAGCUGCUGCCAGCUGCUGCUGCGCUUUCUGCUUUCCCAGCAGCUUUUGGCCUCCUGGCUUUACGCCUGCCAAUUGCUGCAUCUCCUGCUGCUGGAGCUGCUGCAGCUGCUGCACCUGCAGCUGCUUCUGCUGCUGCGCUUGCAGCUGUUGCACCCGCUGCUGCUGCAUCUGCUGCUGCUGCAUCGGCUGCUGCUGCACCUGCUGCUGCUGCGACGCCUGCGAAAGUGUACAAGCAGCUGCUCAAGGCAUGCGCCUUUAUCUCAGCAACAGUAAGACGAGGGGACCCCAUUUUGCCUGCUGGGCUCUCGUCACUUAACAGCAGCUGCAGCAGCAGCAGCAACAGCAGCAGCAACAGUAGCGACAGCACCAGUAGCAACAGCACACAGAGUGCCAUUGUAUUUGUCUCCCCUGAGGCUCUUCGCUUCGUGCAGCAGGUUGUCGUGAAAAAGCAGCAGCACCGACACCAGCAGCAGCAGCAGCAGAUAGACAGGCAGCAGGCGGCGCAGCAGCUCUGUGAAGAGCUGCAGCUAGCGCUGCUGCAGCAAGAGACACGCGCGCUUUUGCUGCUGCAGCAGCAACAGCUGCUGCAGCAGUACGAAGGGUUCUGCCGCAGCAGUGAAGCAGCGAAUGGAAACAGCAAAGCCUUUAGCUGGCCUGCAGCAAGGGUAGAGCUGCAGCAGCUGAAGGAGCAGCAGCAACAGCAGCAGCAGCAAGUGUCUUGGUUGCUGCCUCCCUACGAGCUCCAGCAGCAGCCUGUCGGGCAGCAGGCGUGGCGAGAGGUGCAGCUGCUGCAGCAAGACUUCCCGCUGCACCUGCUGCAGCUGCAGCCCUCCAGAAGCAGCACUAGAGGCCCAGCAGCAGAUGCAAGUCCCCUUCUAGCUGAGCUUGAGACUUUGAUGGAUGCAUGCGCCUUGGGUGCUGCAGUAGCUGCUGAUGACGCGCCAGCUGGCGGCCUCUCUUGCUGCGGCGAUGGGGAGCUCGUUGAGCUGCUGGCUUCCUUUGCCAGUGAGCAGCAGCAGCAGCAACACGAGCAGCAGCACCAAAAGCAGCAGCAGCGGCAAACACGGAUUCAACGGCUUCAUGAAACAGCUGCAAGGCUGCAGCAGGCGCAGCGCCAGCGUGCAAUGAUGGAGGCGCGGCCCCCCUGGCUGUACACAGCAGUUUUGCCUUUCCACUGCGGCAGAAGCAGCAGCAGCAGCAGCAGUAGCAGCAACACGCCUUUGCUGCUUGAUGAGGUCCUGUCACUGCAGACUACGGGGAGCUCCGGUCAGCGCGGAGCUUCAGGUGGUCCGCCAAGCAGCAGCAGCAGCAGCAGCGACGGCGAGUGCAGCAGAAGCAGCAACGGCGACGGCAAGUGCAGCAGCAGCUGCAGCAACCGCGGAGUUGAAGAGAGCAACAGCCACCAUUGCUGCUGCUAUCGUACCACACGCUUGCGCAUUUUUCCAAGCGAUGCAUUCAUUUUCGUUGAAGGUAUUUCUUGCUGCAGCAGCAAUAGGCCCAGCAGCAGCUGGGAACUCAGCAGCAGUAGCAGCAGCAGCAGCAGAGGCUCUUACUGCAGCGUCUCGUACAGGUGCUGGCUCAUCAAGUGGCCGUUUUCUGGCUGCGACGGCGGCACAAAAGCGUUUUUUGGACCAUCUGGUUCUGUUGCACCUGCUUCUGCAGCUGCUGCUUCACCUGCUUCUGCACUUGCUGCUGCACAGGGCGCUCCCAGCAGCAGCCCGUUCUCGCCGUGGGGGCGAGAAAGCAGCAAAGGCGGCAGACAGAAGCAGCAGCAGCAGCAGCAAGAGCUGCCCCGCGGGGAGCUGCCAGUGCAGCUGUGCGUCUCUAUGGGAAGGGGUUUGGGGAUCGUUUCUUGCUGCUGCCGUGCUGCGCUGCUGCGGCACCCCAGCGGCUUGCUGUUUGCUGCUGUGGGGAGCAGCAGCACGCUGGAGCUGCUGUCUCGUGUGCUGCUGAUGGAAGGGCCACAAGCAGCAGCAGCCUUUUGCAUGCAGAAUGGCCUUGAUAGCAGUCAAGUCGCGUUGCUGCUCCUGCAGCUGUCGCUCCGCUGCAGAGACCUCAAGCGCAUGCAAGAGGCCCUAGCUCUCUUGCAGCAGCAGCAGCAAAUGAUAGCCAUGCGGCUGCUGAUGGUUUUUGUCUUCAAUGGAUACAGCGCAGAGGCGCUGCCUUUGGCAUUUGCAGCAGCAGAACUGCGCGCUGAUCCUGCUGCUGCUGCUGCCGCCACUUCAGCUGCAGCAGGUGCCGGCACUGCUGCGGCUGCGCCUCUCAUCUAUGAGUCCACUGCUGUUGCUCAGCAUGCGCUGCUGCUGCUGCAGACGCUACACCGGUAUCAGGAGCAGCAGCAGCAGCAACAGUGCUCGGCCGAGCUGCACCAGCUGAGGGAUCGCCGCAACGUAAGGCAAGUGCACAGCAGCAGCAGCAGCGACAGCAGCAGAAGCAGCAGCAACGAGAUCAGCGUUGCCUUCCCGGCGUCUUUGGUGUCUUUGGUUGUUCCUUGGCGUGCAGCAACAAACACAGAAGCAACAGCAGCCGUAGCAGCAGUGGUAGCAGCAAGACCCCCUGCAGAUGUUCUGCUGCAGUGCGAAGCAGCAUCAAUGCUAGAUAUAGGCUUUAGCUCGCGUUUGCUGCUGCGGCUGCUGCGGUUUGCUGUUUCACUCACCGACGUGCGGGUGCUGGCGAAGAUUGACCUUGCAGCAGCAGCAGCUGCUGCUGUACCCAACAGUCAGCAGCAGCAGCAGCAGCAGCUAACUGACGAGCUCUCAGAACUUGCGCUAUACGUGCAGCUUUUGAGGUGGCUGCAGCAACGCGUAUCGGCAGCUGCCGAUGCGCAAAAGCAGUCAAUCCAGCAGCAGCAACAGCAGCAGCAGGUGACGCUGCUGCGCACAGACAUGGUGCAGCAGCAGCAGCAGCAACAAGAAAGAUUCGCUGUGACUCAAAAAGAUUCCGAAGUGCCAUGGGGCCCUGAAGCCUCCAUAGAAACUGUUGUCAGGGAAACGCUGCUGAGUGGACGCAUCAGCACAGGUUUGUUGUGGCUGCAGCAGCAGCUGCAGCAGCAGCAGCAUCGUGUAUCUGCGAUGGACCUUCUGCAGCAAGUGGCUAACCGAAUGGCCUACAGGCUCUUCUGCUGCCAGCAGGCGGAGCUAUUCUUCGUGGGGCUGCAAAUGCUGCGCCAAAUCGGGGCGGACAUUCCUGGCUUCUGUCUACGGGCUGCACUGCUGACAACGCGCACCCCUGUUCGCUGCCGUUUGCUGCGACACCUUUAUCACCAGAAGCAGCUGCAGCCUGCGCACAUGAAGCUGAUCCGCAUUAUGCAGGUCCUGGAGCUGCUCUUCACGAAUCCUUCUUACGAGGCUGAGCUGGCCAGGAGAUAUUCCUCCAUAGCAGCAGCAGCAGCAGACGCCGCAGCAGCAGACACAGCAGCAGCUGCACCAGCAGCCACAGGGGCCGCUGCAACAGAAGAUGAUGCAAGUUGCGUGGCACUUCCAACUGAAGGUCCUAGCAGAGACACAGCAAGAGAUACGCUGAGCUUGGGCAGCAGCAGCAGCAACAGCAGCAGCAACAGCAGCAGCCAGUUCCCUACUGCAGGUGCAGAUGCUCCAGAGGACUGCUGGCCCGCCGGGGGCAGCGCAGCCAUCAUUGCUGGGGCGCUGUGUGAGGGCUAUGUCUCGCUGCGAGUACGGAGGCAAAUUCUCCAGCAGCAGCAGCAGCAGCAGCAGACACAGCAGCAGCAGCAGACACAGCAGCACACGACGCUCGGCGACAGAAGCUUCUUCACAGGGUGCAGCAAAGCUGAGGCAGCAGAAGCACCUCCUGUUUUCACUCCGGAAAGAUAUCCUAAAGAGGCUCUCAGGGUACAGACUUCUUGGUGCUGCUGUUUUGCUGCAGCAGCCGCUGCUGCUGAUGACCUCGCCGAGUGCUGCUUCUCGGGUUUCGCGGCUGCUGCUGCUGCUGCUGCCCAGAGCUGUAGCCGUGACUGCAGUGUUGGCCAUGAAGGGCUGCAUCCGCAGCAGGAACUGCUGCAGCAGCAGUUGCUGCUGUCCCAGAGCCCGGGCGGCAGCAAUACAACACUCCACGGAGGGCGCAAGUGGAAGGCCGCAACUGAAGUAGAGGCUGACGUGCUGCAGCUGCACCAAGCAGCAACUGCUGCAGCAGCGGACUCUCACCAGCAGCAGCAGCAGCAGCAACAGCACAGUUUCCUCUUGCGGGCGAAUCUCAGGCAAGGCGCAGCACAGACACAGCAACAAACCAGAUAA